AUGAGAAAUGUGGCGGGCAGUGAUUCAGUAGGAUCGGAGCGACCAAUUACCCUUCUGUUCUUCAAAAAAAUGUCGUCGGCGAUUUCCGUUGUUCAGCUGCCAACAUUAGCUGCCGCCGGACGAAGGGAAAAGCUUCAGCAACACCAAGUGGGUGGCCGGCGGGUCAGAUUAGGGUUUCGUAGCAGGAAAUCAGUAGUGCUGAUGAUGCAGAUCCAAUGGCCAUGGAGACCCAAUUAUAAUCAUAAAACUAGUUUUAUUGGCAAUGGGAAUCCAGUUGCAGUGGGGACUGCAGAAAGUGACGAUGAGGGAAUCCAUCGUAGAUUUACAAAGGAAAGUUUGGGGGAGGAUGAUGAUUCGCAAGCUGCCCCUGCCCCUGCCCAGCUCGAAGCUAUUCUCAAUAGUCUGAGCAAAUGGGUUGUGUCAAUAGUGAUUGGUGCCAUAAUUGUGUGGCGCCAUGAUGCUGAAGCCUUGUGGGCGGCUACCGGUGCAGUUGUAAAUACUGUACUAUCUAUAACGCUUAAGAAGCUAUUCAACCAACAAAGACCCGUUUCAACCUUAAGAUCCGACCCGGGAAUGCCGUCUUCCCACGCCCAAUCAUUCUUUUAUAUGCUCACGCUUCUUAAUGUCUCAAUUAUGGAGCGAUGGGGGAUUAACUUAUUCACUGCAAUUUUAUUCACCAUGUUCUUCGCCGCUGCCUCAUACUUUUCGUGGCUGCGGGUUUCCGAACAAUUUCAUACCACUAAGCAGGUUAUUGUCGGAGCUGUUGUUGGAUUGGCUUUCUCCGUUUUGUGGUUCUGGUGGUGGUACGCCUUCGCGGUUCAUUCAUUCACAUCUUUAUUGUGGGUCAGAAUAAUGGUUUCACUUGGUGCAACCAUUUAUGUGUUUGCUUUUGUUCGUUAUAUAAUUCGUUCAAUGUUUCAAGGCAGAGAUGGUGUCUUGUAGGAUGCUAAGCAAAUGGUUUAAUUCAUUCAAAUAUUUAUUUAUUCUACAAUUCAUAA